AUGGAUAGCUCGACUAUUGAAAGUGAAUCGUUGCCUCCAACCGAUAUUGAUGCAAUAUUAGAAGCAGCUUAUUCCAUAAAGGAAAAUAUGAACCAUCGACAUUCUAUUGAUAUUCACGGCCAAAGACUGUCUAUUUUCUCAGCAAGUAAACCAAGUAUAACGUCGCCUACAGCGAGCAUGCCGCAUUCAGACCCAAUGUCAAGUCGAACUGCCUUGCAGCAUAAUGCAUUGGGACAUUCAUACCAACACUCUAAUUAUCAGCAUAAAUAUCAUGCUAAUAGAACCGGAAGCAGCUCAGAACUGCCAUUACCAUCCACUACAUCGCCCACUCUGGCUGCAGCGGAUAAAAAUGAUGGACAUAUUAUAGGAAGAAGUAUUUUACAACUCAUGACAGGAAGUAGUGCAAGAGAAACCAAUAGACCAAGAUCCAAUACAACCGAUACAAAUAUCAGUCCAAACCAGUAUAAGCUUUAUUUUGGUGGUCAUGGCAGUAAGAGCGGAAGUAAAGCUAAACUGGGCGAGCGCGCCAAUGUUGAAACCACGGCCAGCAAUCAAGGAAUUGGCAGCAGUACAACUAAUCCUGUCUGUGGGAUAAGCAACGAUGCAUCCAGUCAUCAUGAGCUUACACAAAGUAUCGAGUUUGCUCAAGGUUCAUUGGCUCGCACAUCUCCAUCCAUGCAUCCCGCAAGCAAAUCAUCUAUUGCAUCUGGUACACGCUCACGUCCGCGAGGAGAAUCUGACACUACUGGAAAUAGCUCUGGGUAUCAACGAAACAGUACAAAAACUCCUCUAAUACAGGAUAUAAAUCAAAAAACUACUCCCAAAACAACUGAUAUGGAUUCGUUUUUGUCACUGAGUGCUUCUGCACAAAUGAUGUCUUUGUCAGUCGUGGAUGAAAGUUCUCGAUCCAUGUCGCUGGAAAUGGUAUCUGGAGAUAAAGCAUCUCAAGAUACUAACCCCACUCUCUCUACACAACCAGUAAAAAAUUUGAAUCCAACACAUCCUGAUCAACAUGUAAAAACUGCUCCUUUGAAUGAUACACAUAUGGCUCCUAAAGUCCCUGAUAUGAAUUCGCAUGGAGUAGCAAGAUUGGUAUCUGUGAAAUUCCCAACCACCCAGAUUGAUGUAGACCAAAUUCUUCAAAUUGGAAUCAAUGAUUUGCAAUGCGAGCAAGCAGUGAAUAGUGUUCAAGUACAAGUUCGCGAUGUAGACGAUAUCCUCAGCAUCUCAGUUGACGAAAUGUUGAAUGUGGAUCACAAUGCAAAUGUAAAGUUGUUUCCAGAAAAAACCGAGGCCAAAAGCAACGCUAGUAAACAAAUUGAAAAAAACUUGAAUGUUAAUAUGACUGAACAGGUUGAUCAAAUUGCUCAUAGUGUACGUGUUGGUCAUGUCGAUUCGUUGCCGUGUUUACCACUUUCGGAAUUGCAUCGAUCACUUUCAGAUCCGGCUAUGAAUGCUCCUUUAUCUUGGUUAUCACGAACUCAAAAACAGCGUCAAAGCAUUGCUGGAGCAGAUUGUCAACCCUCUAUGCAUAUCAAGCUUGACAAGCAAUCUAAAGAUGAGCGUAGAAAGUCAUUUAUUUCCUCAUUGGUAAGCUGUGACUUUCGUGCUGGUACAGCUGUUUUUGCAAGUGGAACAAUGCCUCGUCUUAAUGUAAGAAUAUCCGAAGAGCGAUUAGAAGAAGUACCAACUGCACCGUCAACUACUAUUCCAAGAACUAGUUCUCAACCUGCUCCAAUUAGUAUCAACAACAAAGGUGCAUUUGCCAGUUCAGGAAUCCUGUCCAGUCUAGUAUCUAGUAAGCCACAUAAAGAAUCGCGACACACUCCACUCCAAAUUUCGACUGUUCAAAAUGAAGCGGUUGGCGAAACUCGCGCUAGUACUGUUGAUGUAUCCUUGCCAAGUGGUGGUGAUGUGUAUGAUCUCCUGGCUGUUGGUGAGAGUAAAUUAGUCGACCAGUCUAAAAUCGAAGUUGUUGGAUUCUUUCGCACCGACCAUGAUCAAAACCAUGUAUUGGGUGACAUUGACAGAGUAAUCGGACUUGCUGGCGGAGUAGACAAAAAUUCACAAAUGGAUUUAAGCAGUCGUGCUGGUCCAGAGGAUGGUCAACCCUACAAUUCAAGUACAACUCCCGUGUUUAAAGCCUUUUCGUUUCUACACAGACGAUCUGUUUCUCGGCAGGUUUUAAACCAUGAAGUUUAAAGGGCAGAAAAAUAAAAAAAUAAAUGCAGA